UUGGAUCCAGCUUGCCUUUCUCAGGACCCUUUCCUCUGUCUCCAGAAGCACCUCAUCAGCAAAGGCUCACAAAAGGACAGCUCUGUUUUCUAGAUGACUUCUUGAGCCUGCUUGUGGCCACCCACAGAUACUUGUAAGGAGGAAAGAAGUCAGUCUGGCAGAGACACUGUGAAAUGAGGGAUUAGAGGCCAGGAUCCAAGGAGCAAGACCCACAGCCAAAGACAAGAGAACGGGCUCUGAAGAUACUUCUACUGAGAGGUCUGCCAUGGCCUCCCUUGGCAUCCAACUGGUGGGCUACAUCCUAGGCCUUCUGGGUCUGUUAGGCACAUCGAUUGCCAUGCUGCUUCCCAACUGGAGAACAAGUUCUUAUGUUGGUGCCAGUAUUGUGACAGCAGUUGGCUUUUCCAAGGGCCUCUGGAUGGAAUGUGCGACACACAGCACGGGCAUCACCCAGUGUGACAUCUAUAGCACCCUUCUAGGACUUCCUGCUGACAUCCAGGCUGCCCAGGCCAUGAUGGUGACAUCCAGUGCAAUGUCCUCACUGGCCUGCAUUAUCUCUGUGGUGGGAAUGAGAUGCACAGUCUUUUGCCAGGAAUCCCGAGCCAAGGACAGAGUGGCCAUAGUGGGUGGAGUUUUCUUCAUCCUUGGCGGCCUCCUGGGCUUUAUCCCAGUUGCCUGGAAUCUUCAUGGCAUCCUACGGGACUUCUACUCACCACUGGUGCCUGACAGCAUGAAAUUUGAGAUCGGAGAGGCUCUAUACUUGGGCAUUAUUUCCUCCCUGUUCUCCCUGAUAGCUGGAAUCAUCCUCUGCUUUUCCUGCUCACCUCAGGGAAAUCGUACCAACUAUUACGAUGGCUAUCAGGCCCAGCCUCUUGCCACUAGGAGCUCUCCAAGGCCUGGUCAACAGCCCAAAGCCAAAAGUGAGUUCAACUCCUACAGCCUGACAGGGUAUGUGUGAAGAACCAGGGGCCAGAGCUGGGGAGGUGGAUGGGUCUAUAAAAAACUAGUGGACAAUGCCCCCAGGGUCACAGGUGAGAGACAAUGCCACUGGAUCAUGUGGAAGGUGCUGCUGAGAAUAGACUGACUUUGGCCAUUGGAUGGAGUGAAGGCAGAGAUGGGAACUGAUAUGACAGCAUGUAGGUUGAAUUUUCAAGGACACUCACCAAGCCAGCCUUUCUAUUUUCCUCACCUUGCCCCCCUGGGCCUUGAAUCCUCAAUCUAAAACUCCAAAUCCCAUCCCUGCCACCUUUGGCUAAGCCCCAGAGACUUCCUUCUGCCUUUUGGUUUACCAGAGAAUCCACCCUCAAACCCAUUAAUCACAUUUCACUGACUGAACUUGUUUGUGAUCAAAGGCCCUUUCCCUCUGGUCGAGUAUGGCUCUUAAUCCAAUUGCUGGGGGACAGGGAGAAGGAGUGGUGGCUUUUGUGAGCAUGACUCUAGCCUCCUUCUCAAACGUUCUUCCAAAGAAUUGGAUUGGUCAGUAAUAGGCCUUGGAGUUCUGUCCCACUCGUGAUAUGACUACAGUGUCCAGACUGGUCUGUGCAUGAACUGAAGGACAUUCUUCUCAUGAUAUCCAGCAGAAAACAACACCUGGGACCAAAAAAGACCAAAAUCGCUUUCCAGGGCACUUCCCAGAAUUCCCUCACACUUGAGGGUCUGGAACAGAACUCAUGGCUACAGGGAAUCAGAAGGAAAGAAGAUAAUGAUGGAAAGCACAAGGGAGCAGCAGUCUGACUCUGCUGAGGAACUGCCGAGAAGCUGCAGUUCCAAGCCUCUGCCUCCCUUGAGGGUAUCUGACCUGGUUCCUUACCUAAACCAUAAGACUUAGGGCCCUAGACAAUCGUUUCAUAUAAACCAAUUUUUCUAGAAGUGCCCUUCUUUGACUAGGAGAUGACAAUGUGGGAGCUGUGGGGUCUAUGGAAGAUACUACUCCUUGACCCUAACCAAGAAAGAAUAAGAACUUUGGUAUCUAAGAAGCUGGGUGGACAUGUAUGUUGGAUGUUGUGUGUGUAUCUACUGUUUCAGAGAUAGGCAGACCCCCAGAGUUUUCAGACCUCAUGGGAAAACAGCCCUCUGACAUCUAAACCUGGGGUACUACAGCCUUUGAAAGAACACAGCACCAGAUGGGUCUCUUGUCACUUUUACUAUUCCCCUCACUAUCCAUCAGAAGAUAUUUUAGAACACACCUAAGGUCUCCAGUGGCUGAGGUGCUGUGUCUAUGAUCUGAGGGAUAGAUGAACUCCUACCUGGGAUUGCAAUCGAGGUGGGAGACAAAGUAUGAUUUCCAGGUAAAGGAUUCCACAUCCAAGGUCCAAAAAAUGUUCCAUUUCCCCUGUGGUAAGUGGGGGUCAUAAACCACAGACAUUUUUCCUCACCAGCCUAAUAUCAUGAGCUUUAAAAGAUAUCCAGCAUACCUCAAACCUCAAUGCCAUCAAGAGGGGCCCAUUCAAUGAGAUUUCCUUUAAUAUACCUUUUGUAUUUCCACCUUGUUGCCUAUGUUCAGCUUUUUUACCAACCUGGAAGCCCUUUCCUCCUAGCUCUUAGUUCUCCCCAUGUGUGGAGAACUUGCUCAGCAUCACCUCCUUUGUUGAGCCGUCUCUGACCACUCCUUCCUGCUCUCCCUCUUCCACGCCCCCAAUACAUACAUUUUUUUUCUUAAUGCUUAUCAUUCACAAUUUUGAUUGAUAGUUUGAUAGUUAUCUCUCUCUUGUGUGAGCUUCAGUGUGUAUGCAUGUGUGUGUGUGUGUGUGUGUGUGUGUGUGUGUGUGUGUUCUCAAAAGCUCAUGUAAGCACUUGGAGGGCAGGUGCCAUAUCAUAGACCUGUCUAUAUGUAUGGCCCAACUGUAACAGUGCUAGGCAUUUACUAGGUGAUCAAUAAACACUUGUUGAUUGAGUAA